CCUCCCCACUGCCAAUUUACCAUUCCGCCCUCGCCUUCCGGGCAGCGCCUGGUGGUAUCUUCUUCCACCUCCGGCAGCUCUUCAUUUCGGCAUGACCGUUCUGCCCCCCGGCCCGCCCGAACCGGCCACGCGAACCCCUCCCGUCUCCCGGUAUAAACACCCCAACGGCAGCACGCAUACGGCAGCAGCGCCACCACCGUUUCCACCUUCCGAAUCGAGGCAAGGGAUCGGCCCCGAGGCCGGAUCAUCGGCGGCGGCGGUGAUGGCGCGGAAGGAGGACCUGCGGGCGCUCGCGGCGCGGGCGGUGACGGACUCGCUGAAAGCGGCCGUGUCCCGGUCGAGCGCCGCGGAGAGGGCGGCCCGGUUCGAGGAGUGCGUGCGGAGCCUCGAGGCCGAGAAGGCCAAGAUGGAGGUCUUCCGUCGCGAGCUACCCAUCAGCGUCCACCUCAUCGCCGACGUGAUCGAGUGGCUCAAGGAGGAGCUGGCGCAGCACCGGCGGCCGGCGCCGGAGCUGUUCGUGUCGGCGUCGGCGGCCCCUGCGCCGGCGGCGAAGAGGAAGGCGCCGGCGGAGGGAGUCAAGGCGGAGGCGGACGCGAACGACAAGCGGAGCUGGAUGAGUUCGGCGCAGCUCUGGAGCUGCGGGAGCCACGACAGCACGAGCAACAGCAAUGGCUGCAGCUCCAAGAAACCGGCACACAAGGUGUCCAAUGGGUUCAUGCCACUGAGCGGCCUGCCAUUGCUGACCUUCGCAAGAUCGUCUGAGGACGCAGAAAAGCCCGCUGCCAUGCCGGUCCCGGACCUGUCCCUUUCAUCCCCGGCGAUCGAUGGUGCCUGCCCGGCUGCUCCGAGCGCCACCAGCAGCGCCGUCACGGACGCCGGGGCGCAGCAGCAGCAGACGCAGAGGAAGGCGAGGAGGUGCUGGUCGCCCGAGCUGCACUGCCGGUUCGUCGCCGCGCUCCAGCAGCUCGGUGGCGCGCAAGUUGCCACUCCGAAGCAGAUCAGAGAGCUGAUGAAGGUGGAUGGGCUCACAAAUGAUGAAGUCAAGAGCCACCUGCAGAAAUACAGGCUGCACACACGGCGAGCGUCGUCGGACGGCGGCGACCAGCAGGGGGCGGCCCUAUGGUCUGCGCCGGAGCAGCAGUACACGACGUCGCAGCACAGCACGUCACAGUCCGGCUCGCCCCAGGGGCCCCUGCAGCUCACCGUGUCCAGCAGGGCGGUGUCGAUGACCGCCGGGGACAGCUGCGACGGCGACGAGGGGGAGGAGGAGGAGGACGGCAAGUCCGAGAGCUACAGCUGGGAGAUGCAGCAGCGUAGGACAAGAGCAUCGUCGUCAUGAUUCUUGAACCGCAGCAGAUGAGCAGCAUAAGAACACAUCAGACGAGGCAUUUUGUGUCUAGUCGCUGAGAAGAUUCUUUUUUUGGGAGGAGGAUGUGAUGAACUGAUGUGAGUGAUUGUUGAGUGUAGGGGUGUGAGAUAUGAGAUGGAUUAUCACAUUGCAUUGCACAAUCUUCGGGUUGAA